GGUUGGCCCAAGUAAACGAUCAAAUGAGUGAUCUCGUACGUGACACUGAACCUCCCUCCUCUUUAAACGGAUCAUCCCGUCCCCCAUUAUCUACUGGUGUUCUCACACCUUCCCAUAACAUGACCGCAGGUCAGUUGAGUCAGUUGCACACAGCCAAACGCCACCGAGAAUUAUUGCGAGACUACUCACAAGAAUUUCGCCAGAUAAAGGCCAAACAGGCAGCUCAGUGUGAACGCGAAGAGCUAUUGGGGUCGGUGUAUCGAGAUGUCAACACGCGAGAAGACUCCUCUGUUCUUGAUACCGUCUCUUUGUCUUCAGUUGGCUCCGGGAGCCACCGUGGGUCUACUCACAGUCAGUCUGCGUCGACACGCCUUUUGCUGGAGGAACAGGAGAGAUACCAUCGUUCCAAUCGUUUGAUGGAUACACAUUUGGCAGCUGCGUCCACCAUUCGGACUACACUGCGCAACCAACGAAUGGCCUUGCGCAACGCGUCUGACGACCUUCAUAAGCUUAUCUCACGAUUUCCACGCUUGAAACAGCUUAUUGGGAAAAUCGAUUGGCGGCAUCGUAAAGACUCGAUCAUCUUGGGCUUGGUCAUUUCUUGUUGUGUCGCUUUUCUUAUUAUCUACAAAUUCGCAUAGUUGCCACCGGUGCUACAAUGCAAUUACUCUGUGAUUCAGGUUUACCGACCAUUGUAUAUUUUUAUGGUGUGUUUUCGUCACCUAUUUACACCUCACAAGUGUUCAUAGAAUUUACCUAUAUUUUUGUCUUUCAUUGGCCUCCUUUUCUUAUGCGUCUGUGUUUGCUGCCACCAAGCCGGUCAUGUAACUGGUUGGUAUCCAUUUUCCAUCGAUAGCAUCUCUUGACUAUAUCGACGACUAUUUGAUGUGGGCCGAUGUUUUUGAUAGCCAGACCACUUCAACUUCUCUCGAACACUGUCCUCUUUGUUUCCCAGGCGCAAUAACCUUCUUGGUUGGAUAUUGAACUUCAUCUCUUUGCACCUCGCGUCUCCGCUGUACACUUGUUUUUCCUUGGCCCUAAAUUGAAGUAGAACGAAUUAAUUCUUUUCUCAACUUUGGGAAUUGCUCUUCUUUUUCCUACUCAGCAUUUAUGCCAG